AUGCGGAGCAUACGGCGUAAAGUGGUUGCCGACAGCGACAACGACAAGGAGUCGUCUGAAGAAGACGACGAGGAGGUUCAUAGGAAGCGGGAUCUGGUGGAGGAGUUGAUUGGCGAGGAGAAAGAAGACUUUCAUACGCACCGACCUGAUGGGACGUUUGAGAUUCUGAAUGAAGUCGUGGUAGACCGCGGGCCGAAUCCAACCAUGUCAUACACUGAAGUAUUUGGCGACGACGAACAUUUUACAUCCGUCCUUGCAGACGGCAUCUGCGUAUCGACGCCCACGGGCUCUACGGCAUACAACCUUGCGGCUGGCGGCUCGCUCUGCCACCCCGAGAACCCCGUGAUGUUGGUGACGUCCAUCUGCGCACACACGCUGUCCUUCCGGCCCAUCAUCCUGCCGGACACAAUUGUACUGCGCGUCGGUGUGCCGUAUGAUGCGCGCACGUCGUCCUGGGCGUCGUUUGAUGGCCGCGAGCGCGUGGAGCUGCAGCCGGGCGACUACGUGACGAUUAGUGCGAGUCGAUACCCGUUUGCCUCGGUGCAGGCGGAGGGCCGGCGCAGCGAGGACUGGGUGAAUAGUAUUAGUGGCAAGUUGGGCUGGAAUACGCGUCAGAAGCAAAAGGAGCUGUCGCGGCAGUGGAAUGACUGA